AUGCUGUUUUACCGCUCCUACCGCUACUCCCAAUGGGAUGGAUCCCAGGAAAUCUUCGACAUUGACGCCGACGAGUUGAUGGAUCGUCUGGCGGACGAACUGCUCAAGCAGGGCGACGUCAUGCAGGCCCUCCGCGAGUUGCUGCGUAACGGUAUGCAGGACCGCAACGGCCAGCAGAUGCCCGGCCUCCGCGAGUUGAUGGACAUGCUCAAGGACCGCCGCCGCGAGCAGUUGCAGCAGCACAACAUGGACUCGGUGGUGGACGACCUCAAGGAACGGCUGGACGAAAUCCUGCGCACCGAACGGGAAGGUAUCGACCGGCGCAUGGACGAGGCCCAGGAACAGGUCAACCAGUCCCCUGACGAAGACCGUCCAUGCAGGACAACCUGCUGGACAUGCUGA